UAUAAUACUUGGAAGAAAAUGUUGGAAGGCACUCCAUCUCUAAUGCAGCCAUUGAUGGCUGACGGAGAGGAUUGGGGAGUGGACGAGCCCAUACUGACUGCUGACACCAUACCAGUGGCUCAGGGUCCAGAACUGCCUGAAAUCAAACUGUUCUGUCGUUGGAGCUGUGAUGAUAUGCAAGUUUCUGACAUGUGCCUUCAGAUGGCUGACGGAGAGGAUUGGGGAGUGGACGAGCCCAUACUGACUGCUGACACCAUACCAGUGGCUCAGGAUCCAGAACUGCCUGAAAUCAAACUGUUCUGUCGUUGGAACUGUGAUGAUAUGCAAGUUUCUGACAUGUGCCUUCAGGUAUUUUUUUAUUUUUUUUUGGCAUCUUGUGAUUAGAUUUAAUGUUUACUCUGUUCGCCAUUUUAAAAAGCAGCAACUCGUUUAAUAGAGUAUCGCUAGUCUGCAUCAUAUCUGAAUUGAAAUGAAAGACAGUUUAUUUCUGUUAUAAUUACAAUACUAUUACAAUUAGUAUUAAUAUAUGAAUUGAUAAUUACGAGGGCUGUUCGGAAAGUAGAUUACGUUUUGUAAUUAAAAAUUAACAAAGUAUAGGAAAAAAUUUUUAUUAUACAUUUGAAAGCCACACUUAAAUACUACUUUUCA